AUCCCUCAAGCUCAUAACCAAAUCCCUCUCUCUCUCUCUCUCUGAAGUGUUGUACGGACACUAUAUUCUCUCUCUUCAAUCUCAACUAAAAUGAAGCAAAAGAUAGUAAUUCGAGUGUCGAUGAAGAGGGGGUCUAAGUACCGUAGCCAAGCCUUGAAAAUUGCAGCAUCUGUUUCGGGGGAUAUUGAGACAAUUAGCUUGGUAGGUGACGACAAGGAUAAAAUAGAGGUGGUUGGAGAUCUUGACCCAAUCGAACUCAUUAAGAUGCUGAGAAAGAAAUUCGGUUGUGCUCAGUUGGAGUCGGUGAGUGUGGUUGAAGUAAAAAAUGAAGACAAAAACAAGGACAAGGACAAAGACAAGAAUGAAAAUGAACCUCAAAUAACUUGGAUGUGCUCAUCCGGGGUGCCUCAUCAAACUCCUUAUUGCUAUUGCUACCAUGGUCCCUACCCUUCCUAUUCCAUAUGGUAAUUCAAAGUGAUAGUGAUUCGUGAAUUCAAACUUGUAUGAAUCAAUAAAAAUGUAAUGAAAAUACGUAUUUAAUCUCUUCGACAUAA